GCUGCCCCCCCCCCCAAACUUGCAGUCAUGAGGAGAUUCUGCCUUAGUGUCGUGGGCGGGCUGUCCAUAACCUUUCUUAUCGCCAGCGUUACUCUCCUCGUGGCCCACGUCCUGGACAAAGUCGUGGAUUCUCAAGUCAAGCAGGAAUCGGUAUUAAGAAACGGUUCAGAAAUUUUCAAGGCAUGGAAGGAGCCUCCACCACCUGUCUAUAUGCAGUUCUAUUUUUUUAAUUUGACCAAUCCGUUAGAAGUGCUUCAAGGUGAAUCUCCUAUAGUGAGGGAAAUUGGACCAUACACUUACAGGGAACACAGACCCCGAGUCAAUGUUCAUAUUUUGGACAAUGGCACAAAAGUGUCUUCUUUAAAUCCAAGGACGUUUUUCUUUGAACGAGAGAUGUCAGUGGGGGACCCAGAAGUUGACCAGUUCAGGACCGUGAACGUGCCUGCAGUGACUGCAAUGGACAUGGUGACAAAAACUAAGCUACGUCUCCCUGUAGAAGCUUUGCUCCUGCUAUACGAAGAAGAGUUGUUCACGAUGCGCUCGGCACAUGAACUGUUGUGGGGUUACACGGACAAAUUACUCAGCAUGAUACACCGGUUCAAUCCCAAAAUUGAUUCGGAAUUUGGCUUUUUUAAAAAGGAUAAUGGGACGGAUGAUGGCAAAUACAUCAUGCUAAGUGGAGAAAAGAACUACCUUGACUUCACAAAGAUUGUUGAAUGGAACGGGAAACGCUCACUAGACUGGUGGACAUCAGCAACGAGUAAUAUGAUAAAUGGGACGGAUGGGUCUACUUUUCACCCCCUGAUUGACAAAGAUGAACUCCUCUAUGUCUUUGCUUCAGAUUUCUGCAGGUCUUUGUACUUAACCUUUGACAGUUAUGUGACGACUCAGGGAAUCUCAGCCUACCGGUUUGUGAUUCCCAUGAAGAUCUUCGCCAAUGCCUCUGUGAAUCCAGACAACGCUGGGUUUUGUGUCCCAUCAGGAAACUGCCCGGGGGCGGGGCUCCUAAACGUUAGUGCCUGCAAAGAAGGUGCACCAAUAUUUUUAUCACCCCCACACUUUUACCAAUCGGACGAGAAGUACGUCAAGGCCAUUGACGGCAUGCAUCCAAAUAAGAAGGAUCAUGAGACGUUCUUGGACAUUAACCCAUUGACAGGCAUACUGGUACAAGCAGCCAAGCGAAUGCAGAUCAAUGUUUACCUUAAGCAACUACCAGAUUUUUUCCAAACGGGCAAGAUCAAAACAAUGUUUUACCCUGUGAUGUAUAUAAAUGAGAGUAUCGUGCUGGAUAAAGCAUCUGCCAGCCAACUGAGGACUGCUAUUUUUGAAGGCUCUGCACUCACCAAUGUUCCCUUCGUCAUCCUGGUGCUUGGCGUUGUCCUUGGAGUCAUAUUUGUUGUCCUGGUUUACAAGCCCUUACGGGCGACAGAAGAGAGUUCUGAAGACGAGAGGGCUCCCCUUAUUCGGACAUCUUGACUCCAUACCCCCAACGACGCCACUUUCCAGAAAUGAGCGUAGUGAUGACUGAACUAUGCAAACUGCUCUUAACCACAACCACUACACAAAGAUCUCGAUGGCUGAAGCCACGCAACUUACAUAUUUAUUAAUACUCUUGCUUUCUUUUUGUGGAAUUCAGGAAUGGGUUUGUUAAACUGGACUGCUGUAUUGAGGGUGCAAGCUGCAAGGUUACCACAGUGUGUGUUCGUUUUAAAAAGACUGGCGUAAAAAUGAUUUGCCAUUGUCUUCCAAGAAUGCAAACAGCAGUGUUUUAAUAUGUGUGGCAAUGGGCACUUAUACUGGUGUAGUCCCAUUGACCUCUGUGGGUCUACAACAGUGUUGGUGGCUGUGGACUGCCCCCUUUGCGUUUGCUUGUAUGGCAGGCCAUAGAAGCUGAUUUAAGCUACAGUGACCCAUCUUUUUAUUUAUUAGAAUCACUAAGCAGACUCUUGUCCUUCUGUAAACUGACUUCCUAUAGGACACAGUGGCCCUUUCUACACCUAAGGAUUAUCCCAGGAAAAUGGAGGGAUCGUCCCUGCCUGCUCCCGGGAUCCCCUGUGUGUCAUUUGGAUGUACAGGGAUGAUCCUGGGGGGAAAGGCAGGUGUAGAAACGGCCGGUGUCUCUGGCAUACAAGGAAGUUUACUAGUCCCCUCAUGUACAUUUUUAGAUUUCUUUCAGGUUUUGCACACUCAGCGCCUCUGCUAGAUUUUUACUAGAUGGAACUCCCAGGAUGUAAGGAGUGGUGGGAAACAUUUGUCAGUCUGACUAGCUCAUGAUCUUGAUCCUACAAGGCAGUUAGAAAUCUCCAGCCUCAGCCAUCAUUGUUGGGUGUGCGGCUAUGGAAUCAACUCCGCAUGGUGGUUGUACACCAGCAGAGGCCGAUAUUCUAUGUCAGUGGGGCAGUUAAUCCACUACGCGGGUUUCAGUCUGAACCAGUCAGAACUCUAAAGGAGUUCUGACUGGUUUGGACGGAAACCUGGAGCGGAUUUAUGACCUCACUGAGAUCGAAGCCAUCAACCUCCACUGGUUGUACUAUAAUGCUUUGUAUUCACUGGAUGGAUUUUAGAACGGUUUCCAAAUUCCCUGUAAAGAAGGUAUACAUGUGAAAAUAUUCUAGGGCAGAGCCAUCAGUGCAACUCAAUGGGUUGCUGUUAUUGGCAUUUUUAAAAAGUUCCAGCUCAGCCCCUGUCUUUGAAAAAGCUGUUUCAGUUACCCGUUUGGGUGAAAUCUUUUCCACUGCAUGCACCCAUGAAAAUACGACCUGAAAGCCACUCAAUGGACAGAAAACAUUGGUGGAGAUCCAGAUCUCAACUAUUUGAUUAGAAACACUAAGGAAUUACAUUUGAAUGUAAUACAUUUGAAUGUAUUGGCUUUAGCAAUUUUUUGUGCAUAAUAAGUCUAUUUCCCAAAUCCAAUGUACAGCUUUUUAAUGAUAAAAUACCUCUCCAGUGGAGGCUUCUGAUUGUGACUUGGGGCUCAUCUACACCAAGCAGGAUAUUCCACUAUGAAAGCGGUAUAUAAAAGGCAGGAGCCACACUACUACUUUAUAGUGAUAUUGAAGUGCACUGCAGGAGCUACACUACUGCCUUAUAGUGGUAAUGAAGUGCACUGACAACUGUUGGGGCCCAUUGACACAUCCUAACACUUCCUGACUGUUAGAGCAGUACGACAAUGGAACCAGUUACUUAGGGAGGUUAUGGGCUCUCCCACACUAGAGGCAUUCAAGAGGCAGCUGGCCAACCAUCUGUCAAGUAUGCUGUAGGGUGGAUUCCUGCAUUGAGCAGGGGGUUGGACUCGAUGGCCUUCUAGGCCCUUCCAACUCUACUAUUCUAUGAUUCUACACCAAGCAGGGUAUAACACUAUGAAAAUGGUAUGAAAGCAGUAUAUGGUAUAUGUCAUGGGCCCCAACAGUUGUCAGUGCACUUCAAUACCACUAUAAAGCAGUAAUGUGGCUCCUGCCUUUUAUAUACUGCUUCCAUACCACUUUCAUAGUAGAAUAUCCUGCUUGGUGUAGAUGAGGCCCUAGAGUGAGCCCCCUUGAUCAAGACAAAAGAUGUGCACCUCUCUUAAAUAUAACAAAGAGUGAGGUUCAUAUUGUCUCAUCCUUCUCAUCCAUAUCUCCUGCACAAUAGGGGGGCAGAUCAGAGAGGG